AUGAGUAAUAAUAUGAAACGUGCUCUUGACAAUACUGAAUUUGAAUCAUUACCACUGAAACAUAUUCAUCGUACGGUAACUUCUUUACUUGAUUUACCAAAUGAAAUGUUACUUUUCAUUUAUCAUUAUUUGUCGACAACUGAUAUUCUUCGUGCAUUUUAUACACCUUCAAAUUGUGAAUUACGACUUCAUCGUUUAUCAUAUGAUCAUUUCAAAUACAUCAAACUUGAUGGAUUAACAAAUGAUGAAUUCGUUUAUAUAUCAACACUAUUUUCUGAUCAUGCAAAUCCUCUUCGACCACAAUCAUUAAUAUUGAGUAAUAAACAUGUUACUUGUCUAAUAAGUUCUUAUUUUACUUCCAUAACUGAUAAUGUUAUUCAAUCAAUAUUUAUUCAUUUAACAAGUCUAAUAUUAAUUAAUUGUUCGACAGAAAAUCUUCAUUCUCUUAAUAAAUAUAUUACACAUCUAACACAACUAAAAUAUUUGCAUAUAACUAUUCAAAAACCUGAUAUGGAUAUUGAAAUGAAUCAUCUUAAAACAUGUAACAGGUUGGUAAAUGAAUUUCUAUUCGAAGAAAAUCUUGUUUCUAUUCAUACAAUUCAUUAUGAAAUCUAUUAUGGACUUUCCUUAACCUAUGCAUUGAAGCGUCAUAUAAAUCUUCGACAUGUUCAUCUUGUUCUUGCAACUAUUGAUGAUUUGUAUAUAUUAUUAAAUGGUCUUAUUCCAAAUGUUCAAAUUUUAAUUAUUGAAUUAUUUCAAACAAAAAUAUCUUCCACUCAUCUUUGUCAAAAUCCAUCUGCAAUAUAUUCUCAUUUAACUCAAUUUACAUUAUUGGAAUCAUCUACUGAAUUUAAGAUUGAUAAUAUCAAAUCUAUUCUUGGUUAUAUGACAAAUUUAGUUGUAUUAACUUUAAGUAUUCAUGAUACAUAUGAUCCAUUAUUUUGUCAUGGUCCAAUUAUGGAAUCAAUGCUAACAGAAUAUCUUCCAUAUCUUCGUCAAUUUUAUUAUACAAUGACUCACCAAAUGACUGAUGAUUUAUUAAUCCAAGAUUUUCAUCGAUGGCCAAUGAAUGUGAUAUUUUAUGGUAUGGAACAUUCGAAAUGGAUACAUAUUCAUUCAUUACCAUGGCCAGCAAGUAAAAACGAUCAACGACGAUUACCUAUUAUUAGAAUUGGAGCAAAACUACCAGUAUCAUCAGAAGUCAAAAGAUAUGAAUAUACGAGAUAUGCAGUAAUUACAGAGGGACAUGACUUUUCUCCAUUAAAUACAGAAUUUCGUUAUUCUUAUAAAAUGCUCACUUCUUUAUCAAUUGAUAUUAAGUUACCAUUACGUAUUCAUAAAUUAAUUCUCUCAAGACAAUUAGCUACUUUGACAAUGAAUUCGAUAGUUCAACCGUCAAUUGAUCAUUUAAUUGUUGAAAGUUCUUUAAAAAAUGAUGAAGAAAUGUUAGCACUUGCUCAUCAAUUUCCCAAUGUUAAAUAUCUCGAAUUAAAUCUUCCAUACAACAAAUCUUCAUUUAUGAAUUGUUUGAAUAUUCUUAGUAAUCGAUAUGAUAUUCAUAAAAAGAAUAAUUGUUUAUGGUCAAAAUUGAUUCAUGUUUCAACACAAUUAUUUGAUACACAAGAAGAGUUCAUUUUUAAUGACAAGCAAUUGUAUGAUUGGUUUAUUCGAUAUGCAAAUUUAAAAGAUGAUAAAGAUAUUUUUAAAACGUAUGGUUAUCCAUCAACUUUAUCUAUUUGGUAUUAA